GAAAGAAGCAAGGAAAGGGAGAUGGGAAAGGAAAGGAGUGGAGCUGGGAAGGCGAACCUUCCUUAAUACCUCAAAGCACACGAAGUGCAAGCACCCUGCCAGCCGCACCGCUGGGAGCUGGCAGAGCAGGCAAGGCAGAAAGGCAGCUGCAGACAGGUGUGCGCGCACGCACACACACACACACACACACGCACACACACACACACACGCACACACCUGCUGUCCCCGUGCCCGCCCUUCGCUCCCGCCCCCUCCGAGCCCUUCAUAAAGCGGCUCUGCACACGCAGCCCAGCACAGCCCGGCACGAUGGAGACGGGCGGCUGCCGCAUGGGCGGCGCGGAGCCGAGCGGCCCGGCGGCCAUCACGCUGGAGGACCUGGACGGCGUGGCGGAGGAGAGCCCCGACUCGGCGUACCACAGCCACGGCAGCAGCCUGGAGGAGGAGGGGGCCGAGCGCAUGGACGACGAGGAGCAGGAGCGGCUGCUCAACUACUGGCAGAGCGUGGGCAGGGGGCACCAGGUGGACGUGCCGCGCGAUAUGGCAGAGCCCAUCCAGCAGCUGACCCGGAACAACAGCCCCCAGGAGAGGCAGAGCAUCCCAUUCACCCUCAUCCAGCGCAAAGAAAAGCUGGGAGACCUGCUGUAUGAAAAGCGUCAGUACGGGAAGGCCAAGUGGGCCUGCAUAAAGAUGAAGGAGAAGCAGUACGAGCAGAGCAUCUGCCUGGGCUUCAUGAAGCUCAUGAGGUACAUCUGCGAGCAGAACUCCUCAGGGCUGUACCUGGGGAUAACCAUCCCCAUUGUGACCAUCGUCCACACCAACGAGUCUCAGUCGGAGAUGAGGCAGGCGGUGACGGUGGCAUACUACCUGCCCGAGGUGCUGCAGGAUCAGCCACCUCAUCCUUUUGACUCCGACAUCAUCAUUGAAGAAUGGCCUUCUACUAUUGUUUAUAGUAGGAGCUUCAGAGGAAUCACCAACGAAGACUCAAUCAUGAGAGAAAUAAACCUGCUGGCGGAAAUCCUGGAGAGCCCCGAGCUGUGCCUGCAGGACACGUUCAUCAUCGCCGGGUACACAAACCCCGCUGCUGCCAACAGACACAACGAGAUCUGGUUCCUGCAGAGGCCAUAGCCUCCUGCUCCUGGUGCUCAGCCCCCCCCAGAACCAGUCCUGACCUGCUGGCACAACCCCACCACAGACGGGGCAGGACUGGCUGUGAGACCCCAGGAGCCGCAGAGCGGUGGCUGUGAGCGCAGCACGACAAUCACUGCAGCUCAGUGAGCACAGAGGUAACGCCUGGCACCCACAUCAUUUCCUAUGGCAACUUCUACAGUUUCUAAACAAUCAUCAUGGAGAUUUUUAGCACUACAAAGAGGAGUUCACCUUAUUUAUUUUUUCCUCUAUCAGAUAAGGGAGACAGAGCCCUCCCCCAUCCCAUCCCUAGGGCAGAUCCCCAGCACCAGCUGCAGCCGCUGCCAGCAGGACACAGCACAACACCAAGCCCACCUCCUGAAACACAAACAGCAGGUCUUCAUUUCUAAAGAGACUGGUCAGGUUUAGGCCAUGGGACCAGAGCAAGGAUCCAGGCUCAGCCAAUGCUGACCAGUUCUGCUCCCAUCUCUUGUGCAGCAGAGGCUCUCAAUGCUUACCUCAAAAAGCAUUCAACCAAAGUAACUUUAACCUCAUGAAGAGACCAAAAAGGCAGAACAGCACUAAUGCUCACUGAAAUUUGAGGGGAAAAAUUACAGUUCACCUCACUGACACACAUAGCAGCCCCACGACCAUACUUAGCACUCCUAAAUAGAAAGUGCUCACUCUCAAUUCUUUUACAAGUGUUUUCUGAGCACUUUUUCCUUUAAUCUUUGCAGAACGCUGCAGUGCUGCCACUGAAGCCACCUGUUGGCUGCUCCCCACAUCUCCCUGCAGCACCACCAAGGUUCAGGCCCUGCAGAACCACCUCAGCCAGAAAUGCCCUCUGGCACAGCAGCCCUGAGCCCCAUGCGGUCCCUCAGGGCAUCCCUUCCAGCUGGGCUGCCCCCACCUCUCCAGGCCCUGUCCCAGCACCUGACCACCCUCACUGUGACAGUCCCUUCCUGAUUUCUGACUUCCCACAUCACAGCUGGUUUCCUUCAGCCAUCCUUAGGGCAGCUCCUGCACACAGCUGAAAACCCCUACAAAGCCCAGCUGCAGAGCUGUGUGAGGGGGCUGCACCCGCAGUUACAGCACCUGACACUUUAGCAUUGGGUUAGCAAAUGGCUUUGCUCUCAGAAAUCCCUCCUUAAUGCCUCCCCUUACCUGAUAAUAGAAUGUAGGACUUAAUUAGUAUCUUUUUAUACAAAAAUUAAUGAAGCCUGUCACCAAUUAUUUAGCAAUUACCAGAGUGAUGCUUCAUAGGGAGCUUUGUGUUCUCCAGCUGCAACACACAAUGUGAGGCCCAGUGCUGGUGUGUGCAGUGCUAACAGGUUAGGAGGUUUAAGGUGUUCUUCUGGGGCAAUGCCACCCCUACAGACCCUGCUGGAAGUGCCAGCAUCAACGUGGAAGCUAACAAACUAAUGGAAAAUAACUUUUCUAAAGCUGACCUGAGUACAGUGCCCAGGGAGGCAUGAAAUGAUAAGCUUUGCUCCUCACACUCCCUUGUUCUCCCACCCCCUCCAACAAUACAGCAAAUAAAAAAGAUUUCCACCUUUGACAAGAUUUGUCAAAUUAAAUUUUGCCAGUGACAAAAGCACCCAAGGAGGCUGUGGAUGCCCCAUCCCUGCAGGCAUUCAAGGCCAGGCUGGA